AUGUUUCCUCGCUAUUUUCCGUAUGGUCAGUCUUCCUCGGUUCCCAAUUUAAAUAAUAUUGGAUUGGGUCUCGGUCUUCCCCUAGAUACCACCUCCAUCGCACCUGCGCAAGAUUUUUCCUCCCUUCUCUUAUCUGCUCAAGCGGGUCUCCCCAAUAUGGCACAACUUCAAGCUGCCACACCUCAAUUCUUCCUCCCUCAAACAAAUCAAAUUUUUACCGGUCUUCCUCUCUCAAAUACACUGAAUCCGCUCGUGAAUCCUCCAUUCAGUCUUUCGCAAAUGUUUCCUUUAUUCAAUCCCGCUCUUCUCCAACAACCAGCACACCAAAUCCAUUCUUCAGAUGUGUCAACAUCCGCAUCGGAUAACUCAGAUUCACACACCAUUGUCCGCGCCCCGGUUCUCUAUGGAAACAGUAGUAGCGGCGACACAACCUCUCAGGCGCCUAAGGAAUCGACUAAAACUAGUCCACCUGAACAAAUUGUUGCUUCAUAUGCGGCUGCGGCACAAGCGGCAGCUAUUGUGCAUCGUCAACCACUUUCAAACGCUGCAGAAGUCUUUCUUAACACAGCGGCAUCGGCUGCUAGUACACUGGCGAGCUUGAAUGGAACUGGGGUUACUACAGCCAAAAAUAGACCAAGACGGACGUCUAUUGGCGGGUACAGUGCUCCCAUCUCUGCUUCUGCUGCCGUUAUUACUUCUACUGCUCCUGGUGCUUCUACCGAAAACGUCAAGAGUGCUAAGCCUCCUCUUCCGUGGAACAGCGCUUGGACACGUAUGGUUGAUCGUCAGGCAGACGUUGUAGUCUACAUAUCACCUGGCGGUUCACGCCUGAAAAGUGUGGCCGACGUACGCGCACACUUGGAGCAUUUUUUGCCUGCCGAUAAGGCCUCCGUCAUCUCAGAUGACUGCAUCAAUGCCAGCUUCUGUUUUGAUGCCACGAAGGAGUCACGUUAUAUCUCCGCACCGGAUGAUUCCAUCUUCGUCUUCUCAGAGGAUGAGUCAGCAACUAUUGCAGUUAGUGAUAUGGACACUAACGAUAAUAUUCAUGCUGCCGAUUUAAGUAGCAUUGCAGAACCACAGCCGUCAACUAAUUCUGCUGCCUCUUCUUCGCCCGUACCACAACGCGCUACUUCUAGUUCUGGGGAUACGUCUGCUACCAUGUCUACUGCUACUAAUACUCCUGUUAGUACUCCUGCAUUGGUAAUGGUGGAGAGUGAAACCGUACCAACGUCAAUUAAUGGCAAUGGCGAAGUGUCGACUGCAGUCGGAGCUUUAAAGCGGCCGGCUUCGGGAUCUGAAAGUACGAGUGCAGAAACUGAAGCUGAAUCCUCUGAAGAAAAAAAAGCCGAGAAUUCAAGCGAAAGUACUGAAAAGGUGGUAGAAAAUGAGAAUUCAGCAGAACCGGCAGCUAAAUUAUCAAAGCUUGAAUCAGAAUCUUCAUCGUCGUCUUCAGCGGUUCAAGUCUCUUCCUUCCUACCAUCUCUCAAUGACGUUGCUCAAACCAGUUUCGUAGUUCGAAAUAUGGCCAGAAGUGGGGGACCCACUACUGUUAUCCCAUCAGUUGUCCCCUCGGUGUUGCCGCCGACUACAUCAUCAGCAGCCAUUCCCUACACUCUGAUGCAGCACAUAGUCUCUCUGCAACAGCAACAACAACAACAACAGGCUCUACUAGCAUCUGCUGGUUUGAUACAGCCUUUUAUGGAUGCUGCUGCUCAGCAACAACAGUUGUUGGAGCAAAUUAAACAACAGCAGAUGCUUGCUUCGACCGCUAUUUUUCUCCAGCAACAAAAUCAACACCAUUUACAGCUUCAACAGCAGCUUCAAGCUGUCUACGCAAGUGCUAUUCAGCAGCAACAGAACCAACAAGCUCUACAGCAACAUCAGAGCCAAAAUGGUGCUGCCAAUCAGCAACCGGGUAGCAGUGGGCAGUGA